UGCUCUCAGGAGCAGGUGUCAGUUCUCUUCAUCCCCAUCCACCAUGAAUACCUUGUCAAAGACCUUUGCAAACUCAAUGUUCCAGGCGGCCAAGCGCCCUGCCAUCACUAUUGCUCGGCAGAUGAGCGUACUGAGGUUUGGCGCUCAGCAUCAGGCCAGUACCCACCCGAAUAUCUUCUCAGACUGGUCGCAGGAACCUCAAGCACAGACACUGGUUCCCUUUGUUGUUGAGCAGUCUGCUCGCGGCGAACGAUCAUACGAUAUCUUUUCGCGUUUACUUAAAGAACGGAUCAUCUGCCUCAAUGGAACUGUGCAUGAUCAUUCCGCGGCACUAAUCGUGGCGCAACUUUUGUUCUUGGAGUCCGAGAAUCCAGAAAAGCCUAUCAGCCUCUACAUCAAUAGUCCAGGAGGGAGUGUCACUGCAGGGAUGGCGAUCUACGAUACUAUGCAGUAUAUCAAGUCCCCUGUUUCUACGCUCUGCAAUGGUCAGGCUUGCUCUAUGGGAUCACUGCUUUUGGCUGCUGGUGAGCCCGGAAAAAGAUAUGCGUUGCCCAACGCAAGUAUUAUGAUGCACCAGCCCAGUGGAGGAGCAAGCGGACAGGCCAGUGACAUUGCCAUCCAUGCCCGGGAGAUCUUGCGGGUCCGCGAGAGGCUGAAUAGAAUUUACCAGAAGCACUGCAACGUCAAAGACCUGGAAGCCAUUGAGAGGGCCGUUGAGAGGGACCACUUCAUGGACGCCGAGGAGGCGCUCAAGUUUGGACUGAUUGACAAGAUCCUGGAAAAACGACCGGAAUCAGUCAGCGUUUGACAUGCCAAUAAAUUAUCCGCUUUCACCAGA